CAUAAUGGAUUUGGAAUUGGAAUGGAUAGGGAAUUACUGAAUUGCACUGCAAUCCCAAUUCGCAAUGGUAAUGGUAGUUUUAUUGGAUUUGGAGCUCGAAAUUUUUGUUAUUGAAGAGAUUGUUUGGCCUGAGAAGUUUUCCCACGGCUCUAAAACUUAAUGAAACAAUAACACUUGAUUUGUGGAAUAGGCUAUUGCGUAUUUAGAGUACUGUUAUAUGUCUGAAGUGUAUUCUGUCAAUAUAAUUUCAAAUGAAUUACCUGUGACAUCUGCUGGGUUUCAUUAUAUCAAGGUGAAUUAUUCACAUCAUGGAGGAUUAUAAAUUCUUAUUCAAAGUCGUAUUGGUUGGAAAUGCUGGUGUAGGAAAGACAUGUUUGGUUCGCAGGUUUACACAAGGAUUGUUUCCUCCUGGCCAGGGUGCGACCAUCGGUGUAGAUUUCAUGAUAAAAACCGUUGAAAUAGAUAACGAAAAGAUAAAGCUGCAGAUAUGGGACACCGCAGGACAGGAGAGGUUCCGCUCAAUCACACAGAGCUACUACAGGUCUGCACACGCGCUGAUACUCGUGUACGACAUCAGCUGUCAGCCCACAUUCGACUGCUUGCCGGACUGGCUGCGCGAGAUUGAGGAGUACGCUAGCAACAAGGUGCUGAGGAUACUUGUCGGGAACAAGAUUGACAGAGAGGACCGAGAGAUUCCUAGUCACGUUGGGGAGGACUUUGCACAAAGACACAACAUGUACUACCUGGAGACAUCAGCCAAGGAAGCUGACAAUGUGGAGAGACUGUUCAUGCAGAUAGCAGCAGAACUCAUGGAGCAGGCUAGAUGUAAAGAGCUGCCCAGGUAUGACCAGACCAAUCCUACCAUCAAUGGAAGAACUACAGCCAUCGGAGACUCGUGUUGCUCCCGGCUUUCCUAAGCUCAAUUUCUUUUUCAUGUUCAUGGUAAUCUGGUUGUGGCCUAUACUCAUAAUGUCUUGUACUUGUACCUCACUAGAUAGGAUUAACUUGAACUGUGUUCACUGAUGUGUCUGGGUUUCUGUGCAUGCGGUCAGUAUGAUAAAGAAAGUUAGAGGACUGUAAAAAAUAAAAUAGUUCAGUCUAUUUAUUGGGCUACUAGGAGGUUAGAUGUAUUGCCCCUACAACCUGUUCUGCUUUUUAUACAAUUAUUCUUACAUUGUAUUAAUUGGCCAACAAGAGGAAGAACUAAGAAGUAACUGGUGAUGCAUACAGAAAGUUUGAGAUUAUACCAAUAUCAAAUGAAAAACAAAGGCGUAUUCUAGGGCAUGUAAAUCAUAGAGAACUAAUAUAUUUUUAAGUGUUUACUCAUAGCAUUUUGGAUGAAAUCUAAACCCAAAUAAAAAAUCAAUUUCUUCCCAAAAAAUGCAUUGCAUUUUCAAUUGACGGUUAAAAUAGGGCUUCCUUUUAAUCCUGCAGGCAAAAUCACAAUAAAUGUCUUAUUCAAACGUUGCUUACACAAUUACAUUUUUGAGAUAUAUUGGCCUUACUUUGAGUCAACUCUAAUCAACAGAUAUUCAAACAAAACAUCUGUUGACUGAAGAUGGUUCUCCACAGCAAAGUCGGAAUAUCUCAAGAAUGUAAUUGUGUAAAGCGACGUGUUGACGUGGUGUGAGUCGGAUUGGAAAUUAUCUCAGUUAUAUCAAGAAUGGCUUUGAGUGCUUUAGCCUUUUGUGAGUGCGAGCGCCGACAUUGUUGCACAACAGUGUCACCAAUAGUUGCCUGUGGCUGAUAGUCUGCAUAUACACCAAUACUCCCCGACCCAGUUGAGGCAGUAAAGGUUGAGCAACUGAUCUUCUACGUGUCAAAACAGCUGAUGACUCAUUUGACGAUAAUGUUCGUUGGUCUUAUUUUGUGCAAGCACACCUUCAAAGUGGUCAUGCUCGCUUGUGCUGACAAAUUUUGUUGCAAAGGUACCGUUGGAAUUGUAAUACAAAUUUGUAAAAUAGUUGAUAUGCUAAAAAUGUUUUAUAACAAUAGAGGAUUUUUUUUUAUUGGACUUUAAACAAUGACGGCUAAACAAAACAUUUCUCGACCUGUGUUUAUAGAACUUUUUUGUGUGAUGAGUACUAUCAGCCACAGAAGUUUAUGACAUCCUUUCCUGAACACCUUACGGAGAGUACCAUUAACAGUCUAGUGUAUGGACUGUCCCAAUAUGUUACAGGCAGAUGUGAGUCAAACAGAAACACUUUUAUUAUUUUAAUUUUGUCACCAAGUACGCGAAUUUACCGAAAACUACUAUUGGACCAUCAGAUAUGAAACAAAAAUUAAUAGCAAAUAAUUUAUGCGAGAUUCAUUAUCAGAGUCGAGUUUUCAGAUUGUGAAUGUCUGCAAAGCGAAUGACAUAAAGUGAACCAGUGUCAUAAUGUACAGGCUCCUGUGAUAUAGUAGCUUAUUGUUACCCGGUAGGCUAAGGCAUUUGUACUUACUGUAUAUAUAGGCACUCGUGGGCUUUUAUUAGUGUUAUGAUCAUUAUAUUAAGCUUAGUACAUAAACUGUGGUUACUGUUAACAUUAUUAUGUUACUACAAUUUUAUAUUUUAAUUAUUUUUAUAAGGAUUUUCGUAUAUUUUCUUGUAGUAGAAAUAUAUGAAGCACGUGUAUCACAAAGUAUUGUUUUUACUUUAAAAGCGCAUUUAAUUUUUCUUCUCUCAAUUUCCACUUGUAUCAAUUAUCUGGUGAUGUGUUGUGAUCCUAGAUUUAAGUAAGUUUGUUUCUGAUUUAUUAUUUUUCACGUACAUUUUAUGUAUUAGAAUGUUAUGGCUAAAAGCCGAUUAUAUGUGGCAAACAUUAUAGAAAUAUAAAGUAAAUAAUAAGUCUGAUAUGAACAAAGUAGUAUAUGUGUUUAAUUAACAUUUUGUAUCAAAUACGGACAUUGUUAAUUUUUAUGCGUCAAGCAUUAUUUCAUCUUAAUGGUUUAGAUAAAAGUCUUAUCAGUAGAUCUUUGGAAGGUUUAUUUCUAAUAAUAUAAAUUUGUAUUUAUAUUAUUUUUUUGGUCAUCUUAUGUAUCUCGUACUGCUCGAACCUCUAUCAGGAUUAUUAGUUGUGAGUCUUAAACAAACUGUUUAUACCUAUAAUUAAGUAUUAAACUAGACAUGUUGUUUUUAAUUGUAGGGCAAUCCAGAGAGCAGAUUAUGUUUUGAUAUAAACAAAAAACAAAAUACAAGACAAAAUUUUCAUUUUAAAGUGACACUAAAAUAAUAUUUUUCAAUAUAUUACCAUACAAAUUUAGGCACUUAUUAUAGCGGUGAACUAGUUUUGGAAUUCCAGUGUUAUAAAAUUCUGGUCCCUAAGACUUAAACCUGGUAGUCACACAAGACUGCAGUUCCACAUCAUUAUCAAAGUGCUGAGUCACAUCAAAGCCAGGUCUUCAUUGUUGGGAGCUGGUGGUAGUCGAUGAGUGCGAGGCGGAUGUGGAAAGCAUCCAGGACUUCUCGAGUCGGAUUUGCCGUGUGUUCAUUUUCUGUACCCAUCUUGCACAAAAUUUAUGGUAACCUUACUUCUGCGUAACAGUUUUGUGUAACAAACUCCUUGAAAUCGAAGGAAGCUAAGUGAGACUUCUGUUAUUGUGAAUCGGCGGUUAUCUUUAAUCUUGUCAUCGACUUUAGAGACAAUUUCAUCGGUCACAAUUCUUGGCCGUCCACUUCGUUCGUGAACAUGAACAUUAGUUCGGCAGCACUGACACACUCCACCUAAUCACAUUCACAGAGUGGUGAUAAAAAACUCAAUUAGUUUAUUGUGCUUGGCCAACAAAAACCGUAUUUAAACUGCUAUUGUAAAACAACAAGGAGCGACAGUAAACUCUCACUAGCACGGCUGGUGAAUAUGAACAUUAGUUCGGCAGCACUGACACACUCCACCUAAUCACAUUCACAGAGUGGUGAUAAAAAACUCAAUUGGUUUAUUGUGCUUGGCCAACAAAAACCGUAUUUAAACUGCUAUUGUAAAACAACAAGGAGCGACAGUAAACUCUCACUAGCACGGCUGGUGAAUAUGAACAUUAGUUCGGCAGCACUGACACACUCCACCUAAUCACAUUCACAGAGUGGUGAUAAAUCUCAAUUGGUUUAUUGUGCUUGGCCAACAAAAACCGUAUUUAAACUGCUAUUGUAAAACAACAAGGAGCGACAGUAAACUCUCACUAGCACGGCUGGUGAACAUGAACAUUAGUUCGGCAGCACUGACACACUCCACCUAAUCACAUUCACAGAGUGGUGAUAAAUCUCAAUUGGUUUAUUGUGCUUGGCCAUCAAAAACCGUAUUUAAACUGCUAUUGUAAAACAACAAGGAGCGACAGUAAACUCUCACUAGCACGGCUGGUGAACAUGAACAUUAGUUCGGCAGCACUGACGCACUCCACCUAAUCACAUUCACAGAGUGGUGAUAAAUCUCAAUUGGUUUAUUGUGCUUGGCCAUCAAAAACCGUAUUUAAACUGCUAUUGUAAAACAACAAGGAGCGACAGUAAACUCUCACUAGCACGGCUGGUGAAUAUGAACAUUAGUUCGGCAGCACUGAGACACUCCACCUAAUCACAUUCACAGAGUGGUGAUAAAAAACUCAAUUGGUUUAUUGUGCUUGGCCAACAAAAACCGUAUUUAAACUGCUAUUGUAAAACAACAAGGAGCGACAGUAAACUCUCACUAGCACGGCUGGUGAAUAUGAACAUUAGUUCGGCAGCACUGACACACUCCACCUAAUCACAUUCACAGAGUGGUGAUAAAAAACUCAAUUGGUUUAUUGUGCUUGGCCAACAAAAACCGUAUUUAAACUGCUAUUGUAAAACAACAAGGAGCGACGUUAAACUCUCACUAGCACGGCUGGUGAACAUGAACAUUAGUUCGGCAGCACUGACACACUCCACCUAAUCACAUUCACAGAGUGGUGAUAAAAAACUCAAUUGGUUUAUUGUGCUUGGCCAACAAAAACCGUAUUUAAACUGCUAUUGUAAAACAACAAGGAGCGACGUUAAACUCUCACUAGCACGGCUGGUGAACAUGAACAUUAGUUCGGCAGCACUGACACACUCCACCUAAUCACAUUCACAGAGUGGUGAUAAAAAACUCAAUUGGUUUAUUGUGCUUGGCCAACAAAAACCGUAUUUAAACUGCUAUUGUAAAACAACAAGGAGCGACAGUAAACUCUCACUAGCACGGCUGGUGAAUAUGAACAUUAGUUCGGCAGCACUGACACACUCCACCUAAUCACAUUCACAGAGUGGUGAUAAAAAACUCAAUUGGUUUAUUGUGCUUGGCCAACAAAAACCGUAUUUAAACUGCUAUUGUAAAACAACAAGGAGCAACAGUAACCUCUCACUAGCACGGCUGGUGAAUAUGAACAUUAGUUCGGCAGCACUGACGCACUCCACCUAAUCACAUUCACAGAGUGGUGAUAAAUCUCAAUUGGUUUAUUGUGCUUGGCCAUCAAAAACCGUAUUUAAACUGCUAUUGUAAAACAACAAGGAGCGACAGUAAACUCUCACUAGCACGGCUGGUGAAUAUGAACAUUAGUUCGGCAGCACUGACGCACUCCACCUAAUCACAUUCACAGAGUGGUGAUAAAUCUCAAUUGGUUUAUUGUGCUUGGCCAUCAAAAACCAUAUUUAAACUGCUAUUGUAAAACAACAAGGAGCGACAGUAAACUCUCACUAGCAUGGCUGGUGAAUAUGAACAUUAGUUCGGCAGCACUGACACACUCCACCUAAUCACAUUCACAGAGUGGUGAUAAAUCUCAAUUGGUUUAUUGUGCUUGGCCAUCAAAAACCGUAUUUAAACUGCUAUUGUAAAACAACAAGGAGCGACAGUAAACUCUCACUAGCACGGCUGGUGAAUAUGAACAUUAGUUCGGCAGCACUGACACACUCCACCUAAUCACAUUCACAGAGUGGUGAUAAAUCUCAAUUGGUUUAUUGUGCUUGGCCAACAAAAACCGUAUUUAAACUGCUAUUGUAAAACAACAAGGAGCGACAGUAAACUCUCACUAGCACGGCUGGUGAAUAUGAACAUUAGUUCGGCAGCACUGACACACUCCACCUAAUCACAUUCACAGAGUGGUGAUAAAUCUCAAUUGGUUUAUUGUGCUUGGCCAUCAAAAACCGUAUUUAAACUGCUAUUGUAAAACAACAAGGAGCGACAGUAAACUCUCACUAGCACGGCUGGUGAAUAUGAACAUUAGUUCGGCAGCACUGACACACUCCACCUAAUCACAUUCACAGAGUGGUGAUAAAUCUCAAUUGGUUUAUUGUGCUUGGCCAUCAAAAACCGUAUUUAAACUGCUAUUGUAAAACAACAAGGAGCAACAGUAAUCUCUCACUAGCACGGCUGGUGAACAUGAACAUUAGUUCGGCAGCACUGACACACUCCACCUAAUCACAUUCACAGAGUGGUGAUAAAUCUCAAUUGGUUUAUUGUGCUUGGCCAUCAAAAACCGUAUUUAAACUGCUAUUGUAAAACAACAAGGAGCGACAGUAAACUCUCACUAGCACGGCUGGUGAAUAUGAACAUUAGUUCGGCAGCACUGACACACUCCACCUAAUCACAUUCACAGAGUGGUGAUAAA